CCAGGCGUCGGCGCGCAAUUGACUUUGGUUAGCUUGUCUUCCUCCUCCUCUUUGCCGCUAGCUGCUGCUGCUGCUGCUGCUGCUUUUGCCGCGCCUUCGUCGAGAGAGACCAACGCAACGCACGUACGCGUCACGCAGCGCGCCACGCGGACGCAGGGGGAAGCAAUUUCCUAUUCCUCGCCCGCCCAACGAGAAGGCAACUCCGACCAGAUCUCACCAAACCCUACCAGAUCCAUGGACUCCGCCGGCGGCGGUGGCGGCCUCACGGCCAUCCGCCUGCCCUACCGCCACCUUCGCGACGCCGAGAUGGAGCUCGUCAGCCUCAGCGGCAGCCCCCGCGGAGCCUCCCCCAAGGACCACCAGGGGACGCCCGCCACCCGCACCGCCGGAACCACCACCAGGAAGCUCGUGCUCGCCUGCAUGGUCGCCGCCGGCGUGCAGUUCGGCUGGGCGCUGCAGCUCUCGCUCCUCACGCCCUACAUCCAGACCCUAGGAAUAGACCAUGCCAUGGCGUCGUUCAUUUGGCUUUGUGGGCCUAUUACUGGUUUUGUGUCCUGUGAUCCUGUCCAGGUUCAACCAUGUGUUGGUGUCUGGAGUGACAAAUGUCGUUCAAAGUAUGGAAGAAGGAGACCAUUUAUUUUGGCUGGGUGCUUAAUGAUAUGCGCUGCUGUAACUUUAAUCGGGUUUUCUGCAGACCUUGGUUACAUUUUAGGAGAUACCACUGAGCACUGCAGUACAUAUAAAGGUUCAAGAUAUCGAGCUGCAAUUGUUUUUGUUCUUGGAUUCUGGAUGUUGGAUCUCGCAAACAAUACAGUUCAAGGUCCUGCUCGUGCCCUUUUAGCUGACCUUUCAGGCCCUGAUCAGUGUAAUUCUGCAAAUGCAAUUUUUUGCACAUGGAUGGCUGUUGGAAACAUUCUUGGUUUUUCGUCUGGCGCUAGUGGGAACUGGCACAAGUGGUUUCCUUUUCUAAUGACAAGAGCUUGCUGCGAAGCUUGUAGUAAUUUGAAAGCCGCCUUUUUAGUUGCAGUUGUAUUCCUUUUGUUUUGUAUGUCUGUUACUCUUUACUUUGCUGAAGAGAUCCCGCUGGAGCCAACUGAUGCACAACGAUUAUCUGAUUCUGCUCCUCUCCUGAAUGGUUCUAAUGAACCUAGUAAUGGAGCACUUACUAAUGGUCAUACACAUGGAAGCAGUAUUCCAGCUAACUCCAAUACUGAGGACUCCAACUCGAACAGAGAGAAUGUUGAAGUUUUCAAUGAUGGGCCAGGAGCAGUUUUGGUCAAUAUUUUGACUAGCUUGAGGCAUUUACCACCUGGAAUGUAUUCUGUUCUUCUAGUUAUGGCUCUGACAUGGUUGUCAUGGUUUCCCUUUUUCCUUUUUGACACUGACUGGAUGGGACGUGAGGUUUACCAUGGGGACCCAAAUGGCAACUUGACUGAAAGGAAAGCUUAUGACAAUGGUGUCCGAGAAGGUGCAUUUGGUUUGCUAUUGAAUUCAGUUGUCCUUGGCGUUGGGUCCUUCCUUGUUGAUCCCUUAUGCCGGUUGAUGGGUGCAAGAUUGGUUUGGGCAAUCAGCAACUUCACGGUGUUUAUCUGCAUGAUGGCUACAACAAUACUAAGUUGGAUCUCUUUUGAUCUGUACUCAAGUAAGCUUCACCACAUCAUUGGAGCAAAUAAAACAGUGAAGAAUUCAGCAUUGAUUGUUUUUUCCCUACUUGGACUGCCACUCUCUAUCACAUAUAGCGUUCCAUUUUCUGUGACUGCUGAGCUGACUGCUGGAACAGGAGGUGGACAAGGUUUGGCCACUGGAGUCCUGAAUCUUGCAAUUGUCGUUCCACAGAUAGUAGUGUCACUGGGAGCAGGUCCAUGGGAUGCUCUCUUUGGGGGAGGAAACAUCCCAGCCUUCGCCUUGGCUUCCAUCUUCUCACUUGGAGCUGGUGUACUCGCUGUCCUUAAGCUGCCCAAGCUGUCAAACUCUUACAGAUCUGCUGGGUUCCAUGGAUUUGGCUGAGCAGAAAACCGGCUGCAAUAUUGUGUAACAUUGAGAGAUGCAACUCCAUUUUGCUAUUCAUUUAUAGUGAAAAAUGAUUCUUUUUACCUACUGCUACAACAGAAUAAGUUGAAAAGAUAGAGAGAUUAGGAUAGAGAGCUAGGUAACUAGUCCAAUUAGGUUGAUGUGCAUAGAAGGCAAUGGUGAGGAAGGUGUAAGAGCUGUAUCCACCCACUUUUUGACAGCAGAUGUAAAGAACUACCAGAAUGACAUGGUUGAUAGAUUUUACAAUCGAUGUGCUCAUAUGUACCAUAACACGUUUUGGUCACAGCU